AUUUUUGGCUGUUGAUAACUCGCUGACAGCUAGUAGGCCUCUCCAGAGGGCAUGCUUAUGGAGUUGAUGCGGUCUACAAUAGUGGGGGAUAAGGGGGUCCUUGGGUUCGUUCCUUCACUUUUUUUCACAAGGAAUUGACCCCUGGGUGAAUUGAUGUAUAACUUCGGGAUUCAUUAAUAAUACAGAUAUUGACUUUAAUCCUAUGACCCGGAUGUAAUAGACCUGAAAUUUUAAAAAAAAAAUUAAAAUAAACACAUCUGACAUCGACUACGAACCCGUUAAACAAGAUGGCGUCCGGUCCCAACACACGUCUCCUGCUACAAGCAGGCGCCAUGGUGCUGUUUUUACUGACUUCUUGUCUGGCGGAAAUGACGGAGGAACAGUUGAAGGCCAUGGAGGCCAUGAACCUGAAGCACAUGCUGAAGGACGAGAUCAAACUUGUCGAGAAGGACGCCCGGAGGCAGGGGCCGAGAAAGUUCUCUGACGGCGAGGGGACGACCCCGGACCAACAGAACUUCUCGCAUCCCUACCACAAACCUGGGAUCGUUGAUGAAAGUAAGUUAGGGGGUCGCGAACCUUAAGAUCAAUUGUUCAAUUUAUUUCAUGGUUUUAUUAUAUAGAGGUUAAUAACAGCUUUAAAAAAAAUGGUUUAAAUGAAACAGACAAGUUGGCAUAUACACUAGAAAUAAAAAUAUUGGGCUGAAACAAUUUUCUACAAUUAAACAAUAAUAAUAAUUACCUUUUCAUAUUUAAAAAAGAUCAUUUUUUUCCCUUUCUAUUCUUCAUUUAAGUUAUUCGGGUAAAAAAGAAAUAUCACUUUACUAAUAAACAGUGUCUGUCUUGUACCCGGUGCAUGCACUUGCCGAAAGAACAAUAAUGAGAUCCUGGCAAAAAGUUUCAUGAAGAAAAUCAGUUAAAGAGCCCUCAAGCGUUUCUUCGUAUUCUUCUGGCGCAUUUUUAGAGCCAAUUUUAUAUUUCCGGAGAAUAACUUUUAAAAAAAAAGUUAAUUGAAAUUUUUCUGUUAACCAGAAAGAACUCGCCACACUGUGGCCGCGGCAAUUUGUGAGCUACAUAUCUAAUAAAGUUAUUUGAAGAGAAAAAAACAAACACAUGCCAUCAAGUAACGCACUAAAGUCAUAGCGCCAAACAGAGUGAACUUCCGGACGUUCCUCUAGUGAACGCAGCGUUACCGCCAGACACGCAAGCAGAGAGACGUUCAAGAAUUAGUAGUUGUGUUUUAUCUAACGACGCUUUUUUUUUGGUUGUUGUGAAAGGGUGGAGUUUAUGAAAGGGUGGAGUUUAUGAAAGGGCGGAGUUUAUGAAAGGGUGGAGUUUAUGAAAGGGCGGAGUUUAUGAAAGGGUGGAGUUUAUGAAAGGGUGGCGUUUAUGAAAGGGUGGCGCUUAUGAAAGGGCGGAGUUUAUGAAAGGGUGGAGUUUAUGAAAGGGUGGCGUUUAUGAAAGGGUGGAGUUUAUGAAAGGGUGGAGUUUAUGAAUGGGUGGCGUUUAUGAAAGGGCGGAGUUUAUGAAAGGGUGGAGUUUAUGAAAGGGUGGCGUUUAUGAAAGGGCGGAGUUUAUGAAAGGGUGGAGUUUAUGAAAGGGUGGAGUUUAUGAAAGGGCGGAGUUUAUGAAAGGGUGGAGUUUAUGAAAGGGUGGAGUUUAUGAAAGGGUGGAGUUUAUGAAAGGGUGGAGUUUAUGAAAGGGUAGAGUUUAUGAAAAGGUGGAGUUUAUGAAAGGGUGGUGUUUAUGAAAGGGUGGAGUUUAUGAAAGGGUGGAGUUUAUGAAAGGGUGGCGUUUAUGAAAGGGUGGCGUUUAUGAAAGGGUGGAGUUUAUGAAAGGGUGGCGUGUAUGAAAGGGUUAAGUUUAUGAAAGGGUGUCGUUUAUGAAAGGGUGGCGUUUAUGAACACAAGUUAUCUUGGAUGCAUGUUUGUGUGUGUGUGUGCGUGUGCGUGCGCGCGUGCGUGCGUGUGUGUGCGCGCAUGUGGGCCCGGGCACUUAAAAUAUUUUUUUUAUUAAUCACUCAAUAUUUUAAACACGGUUUAAUUUGUGAAACGAUACCACAAUCAUGCAAUGACUCGCUAUGUUUGUGAUCAACAGUUCGAUACUCGUAUCGCCGGUAUCGAGAAAUGAUAUUCCUAAAGGCGGGUAAGUUCUGGAUGGGGACCAACGAUCCCGAGUCACCAACAGGCGAGUAUCCAAUGAAGCAGGUACCUGUCAAGAGUUUCUAUCUCGAUGCCAACCCUGUGAUCAACGCCGAUUAUUGGUAAGUAGGCAUGACCUUAGAUCUGUUUAACGACCGAGAGAAUCCUGAAAGAAAGUCAGCCGAAAUUCCCACAUACAUUUUGCCUUCUCAAAAUCUGUUACUACCACGAGAACCAUUUAAUUGUACACAAUGUCCUCCAGAGGCUAUUUUAAUUUCAUACUGAAAUGGAUUAAUGUCCUAUAAGUUUAAAUUGAUGUCCCCAGGAUUGGAUCAAUGUCCUUUAGGUUGGAUUAAUAAACUCCAGGAAUGGAUGAAUGUCUUACAAAACUAAAUUAACGCCCUUCAGGACUGGAAAAGUUCCCUCUGGGGUGCAUUAAUGAAAUUCUGGAAUGUUCUACAAUGCUAAAUUAAUGUACUCUAGGACUGGAUCAAGUCAUCAAAAGCGGGGCUAUUAUCGCUUUAAGCUAUGACAAACUCUUUUUUCAUUUGUCAUCCACCCCACAAGAUGUUCCCCAAUGUCUUCAUCCGCAUUCUCUCCCCCCAAUGUCUUCAUCCGCAAUAAUCUCUCCGCCGAAUGUCUUCAUCUGCAGCCCUCCUCCCAAAGUCUUCAUCCGCAGUCUCUCCUCCCAAUGUCUUCAUCCGCAGUCUCUCCUCCCAAAUUCUACAUCCGCAGUCUCUCCUUUCAAUGUCUUCAUCCGCUCUCUCUCCUCCCAAUGUCUUCAUCCGCAGUCCCCCCCCCCCGAUUUCUUCAUCCGACGUUCCCACUAGUCCUAGAAUUUAAGUUUGGUCUAGGAAUGUUCUAAAGUAUUUACCCCACUGUCUCUGCUAUCUACCUCACUGUCUCUGCCUCUACCUCACUGUCUCUGCCAUCUACCUCACUGUCUCUGCCAUCUACCUCACUGUCUCUGCCAUCGACCUCACUGCCUCUGCCAUCUACCUCACUGUCUGUGCCAUCUUCUGUUGCAGGGCCUUCCGUGCGACAAAGAAAUUCGUCAGAUCAGAGGCGGAGAAGAAGGGUUGGAGUUGGGUGGUUGACAUGUUCCUCAGCGACGAGACGAGGGAUUACUACAGCAUGCCUGGGCCCCGCGGGUGGGCCGCUGUUAAAAAGGCCACCUGGGAUAAGGUGAGACUUACCACGUGACCUAUAAUAUUUUGUACAACUGGGGGAGGGGGUGGAAAAAAAGGGAGGAGACGGUUAAAAAUGUGCAUAAACCUUUGACAAAUAAGAGUUGUUGUGCUUUAUUUGGGAGAUAACACUGUAGCGACAUCAUCAGCAGUUAGUGCCCCACGACCUUUAUUUAUUAUUUUAUGAUAGAUAUUUUAAAACCAGUAAUGAAACUGUCAACAUUUGUGUAGAUAUGUAUUUCUGUUUUGGGGGAGUGGGGAGUGUGUGUGUGUGUGGGGGGGGGUUAAAAAACAAACUCUGUUAUUUUUUUUAAAGAUUUAAUUUCAACUCACAAUUCUAUCGAGCUUUUUUUUAUUAUCAUUGGUUUUUAGCAUCAUUAGUUUUUAGCAUCAUUUGUUUGUAGCAUCCUUUGUUUGUAGCAUCCUUUGUUUGUAGCAUCCUUUGCUUGUAGCAUCUUUUGCUUGUAGCAUCCUUUGCUUGUAGCAUCCUUUGUUUGUAUCAUCAAUUUAGUUGACCCACGUGAACCCCUCGUGGAUGUUCGCGUCCGCCUCGUACUCUCGCAAUGACCUGCACAGGCGCAACUGAGUUGUUGACACGAGUGUGUUGUAAAAUUGAUUGUUCAAUGAAGCAGUGUGUAGCUAAAAUCCCUCUGUCCGGGAGUUUUGUGAGCUGUGGUUGCUUUAAAAAUGAAAAUUAUUAUCAAUAGUAUUUUUUUUUUUUUUGUGGUUCAUUUUUUUUUUGUUUUUUUUUUUUUUUUGUGUUUCUUUUUUUUUUUUUUUUUUUGUAGAUAAUAUAUUAUUUAUUAAAAUUUUAAUUCUAUAAGGUAGAAAAUAAUACAUAUAUAUAUAUAUAUAUAUAUAUAUGUCACCAGUAUAUAUAUGUAUAUGUAUUUAUGUAUGUAUAUAUAUGUAUAUACAUGUAUAUAUAUUUAUUUGUUUAUAUAUAAUAAGCAUUAAAAAGCGUUUUAAAUAUUUAUUUUAACAGACGAGUUUAAACGCACUGAACGGUAAAAAAUAAUUUAAAAUUUGCAGAAUAUUUAUUUUUUUAAUUUAUAAGAAUAAAGCAUAUUAAGUGUUUUCUACAUUCAGUUCGAAUCACUUGGCUUCAUGGAGUGCUUCGGGACUAUGCACAGACUUGCGUGACACAUUUCAAGAAAAUUUUACUUAGUUUCUCCCUUUUGGUUUAAAGAUUUUUUUGAACUUGAAAGUCAAUCUUCGUGACGGCAGCCUGGAGACCUCCUUGUAUUUUAUGGGUCCGUCCCACUUCACGUGAUCUCUGAGCUACAACACACAUGACUUCGACAAUCCCCACAUCUUUAACACCCAGUGUCCGUUAUUAUAAUUUUCUUGUUUAACCCUGUACAGCCCGAGGGCCCCGACUCCAACCUGGAGGAAAGAUGGGCCCACCCUGUGGUCCACCUGAGCUGGUACGACGCCAAGCAGUACUGCGAGUUCCACGGCAAGAGGUUGCCGACCGAGCCCGAGUGGGAGUACGCGGCACGCGCCGGAGUGCAGAGUGAGUAAACAGUGUGGGCGUGGCUUAGGUCAUCACGUUUGACCGUGGUGGAGGAGGGUGUGACUUUGGUUGGUCAAUAUGGGCAGAGUGUGGGCCCUGGCUUUUGGCAACCAUCUUGCAGUGCGGCUUUGGUCAACAAGGUGUACGCCACCAAAUCCGAUAGAGAACAUUAGAAUAAUUUUUUUUUUAAAUUUUUUUUUUACAUAAAUCUACACAUCUUUAAAGAAAGAAUAUUGUUGUCAACUAUUGUAUAUAGAAAUAUGCAUCCAGAUUUAUAGAAAUUUUCAUGAAAUAAUCAAAUAAAAAAUAUAAAAUAUUUUCCUUCGACAGACAGGGCCUAUCCGUGGGGAGAUAACUGGGAGAGACAACGUGCUAAUUUAUGGCAGGUAAGAUUGUAACCUUUGAACUUUAGAAAAAAUAUAUUUAAUCAAACGAUUCAGGUUUAUUCAGAAAAAAAUGUAUGAUAAUUGUGUCCACUUAAAAAGAAAUAUCGAUACAUUGACUAAAAGUGAAGACUUGUUUUGUGUUGUUCUACAAGGGUGACUGGCCCUACGAAAACAGGAAGGCCGACGGCUAUGCCAUGACGUCACCAGUCGACGCCUACAGACCCCAGAAUCUCAUCGGUAAGUGAGAACUUUUGACCUACCAGGAUCUAAAGGAAAUGGAAGCAAGGACACGUAACUUACACAGCCGGGUCGGCACAUGUUUAUUUUCAAGUAUGUGUAUGACUAAGAGAGAAGGCUUAUUGCGCUGCUCUCCGAUAAAACGUUCAACCUUUAGGCGUCAGCUCUGAAGUUAAAAUUUAGCUUCUAGGCGCCACUUUGGCGCCCUGUGAUGGUGGCAUCCAGGGACUGUUGCCCCAUUAUCCUCCCCCCCCCCCACCUCCUCGCACGGCCCUGUGUACCAGUCAGGAGUAGUGCGAGUAAGCAGUCGUUACUUUUUUAGAUUGAAAAAUGUACGAUUUCAAUACGGACAACAAAGGCGUUUUGAGUCAUAAUAUGACUGUAACACCUCUGACGUCUUGAGGGACCUUCAUUUGAAACGUUUCAGUACACUUGUUGUUUUUUAAAAUAAAUAUUAUUGUUGUAUAAUUUCUUAUUUUUAAAAAGUAUCUCUUAUAAACAUUACGCUUCUGGUAUGACUCGUGGACUGCUUCCUAAUAGAAUACUUCCUAAUGGACUACUUCUUAAUGGACUGCUUCCUAAUGGACUGAUUCUUAAUGGACUGCUUCCUAAUGGACUGCUUCCUAAUGGACUGAUUCCUAAUGGACUGCUUCCUAAUGGACUGAUUCCUAAUGGACUGAUUCCUAAUGGACUGAUUCCUAAUGGACUGCAUCCUAAUGGACUGAUUCCUAAUGGACUGAUUCCUAAUGGACUACUUCCUAAUGGACUGAUUCCUAAUGGACUACUUCCUAAUGGACUGCUUCCUAAUGGACUGCUUCCUAAUGGACUGAUUCCUAAUGGACUACUUCCUUAUCGACUGAUUCCUAAUGGACUACUUCCUAAUGGACUGAUUCCUAAUGGACUACUUCCUAAUGGACUGCUUCCUAAUGGACUGAUUCCUAAUGGACUGCUUCCUAAUGGACUGAUUCCUAAUGGACUGAUUCCUAAUGGACUGAUUCCUAAUGGACUGCUUCCUAAUGGACUGAUUCCUAAUGGACUGCUUCCUAAUGGACUACUUCCUAAUGGACUACUUCCUAAUCGACUGAUUCCUAAUGGACUACUUCCUAAUGGACUACUUCCUAAUGGACUACUUCCUAAUGAACUACUUCCUAAUGGACUGCUUCCUAAUGGACUGCUUCCUAAUGGACUGCUUCCUAAUGGACUGAUUCCUAAUGGACUGAUUCCUAAUCGACUGAUUCCUAAUGGACUGCUUCCUAAUGGACUGAUUCCUAAUGGACUGCUUCCUAAUGGACUGAUUCCUAAUGGACUGCUUCCUAAUGGACUACUUCCUAAUGUACUACUUCCUAAUGGACUGCUUCCAAAUGGACUGCUUCCUAAUUAGCGAAUUUGGUAGAGUAUAAUACAAAUAAUUUCCUAUGUUUGAAAGAAAGUAUUGUUCAAUACUGAUUUCAAUAGCGCGUAAAAAAUAAUUCCCGAUAACUACGCUAAAUGUUGUUGUUGUUGUUUUUUUUAAAUAUAACGCAACUGCGUUUGGCGCGUAAAAUUGUCUUUUCGGAAUAAGAAAUGAUCUCAAUUUAAAUAUGAUGUAAAAAAUAGUAGGUUUAAAAGUGUUUGGGACAUCAGAAUAUUAAAUAUAAUUCAUUGGAGUGAAAUAAAAAGGUGUGCAGUGGCAUACCAAGGGGGGGGGGGGGGGGGGUGUAGCAAAAUUUAGGAUUCUUAAAUGUGCGUUACUUGAGUUCAUGUUUUGUCAAGUAACAUUAGUAGACGGGAAGUUCAUGCAUUGCUGUCGUCAAUGUUAGGUGGGCUAUUACUAGUUUUUAAAAAUAUGUUUUCUCUUUUUUUUUUUUUUUGAAAUGUGGUGAUGGAGGGUGCAUGUCAGAAUAAAUUUCUUGUUUAUAUUUGUUUGUUUGGUGUUAUUGUUGUUAUUUAGUUUUUAAAAAUAUGUUUUCUCUUUUUUUUUUUUUUUUGAAAUGUGGUGAUGGAGGGUGCGUGUCAGAAUAAAUUUCUUGUUUAUAUUUGUUUGUUUGAUGAUAUUGUUGUUAUUGGCAUCCGUCAGUCACAAUGUGACGAUAGUAUAGAUGUCUCAUUUUGAAGAUGAUGUAGACGUCACAGUGUGACGAUGGUAUAGACUUCGCAGGACGAAAUCACAAGGCCUGGGAUUUCUGCUUUAGGUGAAUGAGCUGGUUCUCUUGGUCAGCUAAUCCCUUCUCUCCACGAAUCCGAUGAACGGCUUGGGAACAGGAGCGUCGCAGAAGUUGUCAAAAUUUGCAUCGAGUUAAUGUCAAAUCGUCUACAGGACUUAAUCUCCGAGUUCGAAUUCAGAGUUGUCCUCCUCUUAGAUGCGUUGCCAUCUUGGGAUAACGGGCCCAUCUCCCCCACGGUGCUAGUGAUUUUUUCUAUUGUUGUUGUUGCCAGUCUAGGUUUAGAAAUGACACAGUUUAGACCGCGCACCCUUCCAGAAACCUGUCACAACCCCUAUCUCAUCAUUGAAUCAGGAUUAAAUCGAGUCGGAUUUUGUUUCAAAAGAGUGCUCUGACUCAUUUCCCACCAAAUCCUUUUUGGAUUCCCUAAAAUUUCCACUUAACAUACACCCCACCAGAAUCAUGAAGGGAUCGAGAAUUGUGGCGUGCCUCCUCAUUCAAAUGCUCCUACGACAUAAAGUCAAUAGAACCGCGGCUUGCAGAGCACAAAAAAAAAAAAAAAAAAAAAAAAAAACCCAAAAAAAAAAAAAAAAAAAACGCGGGCAAACAAAAAAAAAAAAAAAAAAAAAAAAAAAAAAUCCAGAAAAAUCGCGGGUUAACUGUGGACCUGGAUAUGUGACAUCUCUUCAUUACAACUACAGCAAAAGAAUUAUUCGUCCCAGAAUCGUUCUCAUCAGUCAUCUGCGCCACCAGCAGGCUGGAACAGCCUCAACAAGAAACCCGGUGGUAAACAUGGGAUCGACCGAUUUCAACGGACGCCCCAGCGGCCCCCCACCACCUCCGUUUAAGUUACGCCUAUGAUGUUCAAUGCGUUAUUUCAUUGUUUUAUCGUUGUCAAUGUCUGGCCAGGAUUCUACGACAUGAUCGGUAACGUCUGGGAGUGGACGCUGUCGGCCUACGUGGAGAGAAUGGUCCAGCACCAUCUGCAGACCAGCAUGGUGGUGCUCAAAGGCGGAUCCUACGUGGACUCUGUCACCGGGAAGAUAAACCAACCCGUGAGAAACGGUCAAAGGUGAGUGAGAUGCAGAACUCAACGAAUAGCCACUUCGUUUACAUAUUGUCUUAUAACUCUAGAUUAGCAAGGGACGUGAAGAAUGUGGAAUAUAAGAUCAAGAAAAGCAAAGAGUAUAAUAAAUGCCAUUAUUUUUAAAAGAUCUAAUGAUACUUAGUUUAUUCCACUAAAAUUUUCACAUCUCGUAUUUAAAAAAAAAAAAAAAAAGUAUACUUAUUUUCAAAACGAAAUAAACAUUUAUAGAAAUAAAUUAAAUUUAAAAAACAAAUUUAGAACGUUUUUUUAAAGAAAGAAAACACCUUUUAAAUUUUCAUUCAGUUUUUAAAGCUAAAACAUUACGUUUAUUUAUACUUUCUAAAAUAAACUAAAGGCAUCGCAUUAAUAACAUAACAAAGCAAAAAUGAUAUCUCGAUCACUUGGAUUCCCGCCAGGAUGGGCCAGAAGCAAGACUACACCUCAGCCAACAUCGGCUUCCGGUGUGCCAAGAGCGCGCCAGAAUUCGACAAAGCUGCCGAGGAGGCCGCCACCACGACCGAAGCGCCGAGGAAGAAGGGGAGAAAGUUCCACUUGAAGAAGAAGGAAGAGUUGUAGGUGUGCUGGCUUUGAAUGGAUCACGCUGCAGAGUGUAGACAAGACUUGAUUUGAGAUUAUGUUUCACGAAAUGCUGCGUUGUGUUGUGAUUGAGUUAGUGGCGGGUCGAGAGAUGGGCGGAAUCGCCGUGUUUUUUUAGGUGGGUUCCCAUUAAGUUCGUUUAUGCCUCCGUUAUUUUUGUCCCUUAACAACCCAGUUGUGCCAUCCUGUCAUUUUUUUUAUGCAUCAGGCCCCUGUCAAUUUUGUAUUUAUUUAUUUUGUGUUGUUUUGUGUUGUAUUCGCCACUAGACGAAAGUAAAUUGUGUGUGGAUUAAGAAGAAAGGUGGAUAAGAAGUAAAUCGAUAAUUGCUUUAAUUUUUGAAGAGUGGAUUAAACGUUAAUUGUUGAUCUCAGAGUUCUCACUUCAUCCCAUUUCAGCAACACCAUGAAACAACUCGUUUUAGAAAUGUCCGUUUCAAACUUUUGAGCCAAAAGUUAUACAAACAGCAUUUAAAUCAUUAAAUUACGUGUGCCAUCAUCAUUAUUGGAAUGUAGAGGUUUGACGAUUGUUGUACCGUAUGAGAAGUGGCAUCAGUUAGUGCCAAUGUUGUACCGUAUGAGAAGUGGCAUUAGUUAGUGCCAAUGUUGUACCGUAUGAGAAGUGGCAUUAGUUAGUGCCAAUGUUGAACCGUAUGAGAAGUGGCAUUAGUUAGUGCCAAUGUUGUACCGUAUGAGACGUGGCAUUAGUUAGUGCCAAUGUUGUACCGUAUGAGAAGUGGCAUUAGUUAGUGUCAAUGUUGUACCGUAUGAGAAGUGGCAUUAGUUAGCGCCAAUGUUGUACCGUAUGAGAAGUAGCAUUAGUUAGUUCCAACAUUGUUGAUAGAAUCAACUUUGUCAAAUAAAUGAAUUUUGUAGAAAUU